ACCAAAGAGGGACUGAAGGCCAUCAGAGAGGGAUUAAAGGCCACCAAGGAGAGGCUGAAGGCCACCAACGAGGGACUAAAGGCCAUCAGAGAGGGAUUAAAGGCCACCAAGGGGGACUAAAAGCCACCAGAGAGGCUAAAGGCCACUGAAGGGGAAAUAAAGGUGAAAAAGGGGGACUGAAGACCACCAAAGAGGGACUAGAAGCCAUCAGAGUGGAACAGAAGGCCACCAAAGAGGCACUAAAAACCACCAAAAGGGGACUAGAAGCUACCAAAGAGGCUAAAGGCCACCAAAGAGUGACUAAAAGCCACCAAAGAGGGACUAAAAUUUACCAAAGGGGGGGUCUGAAGUCACCAUAGAGGCUAAAGGCUACCAAAAGGGUACAAAAGGCCAUCAGAGGGGGACUGAAGGCCACCAAAGAGAGUCUAAAGGACACCAAAGGGGGACUAAAAGCCACCUAAAGGCAACUGAAGUCACCAGAGAGAGGCUAAAGACCACCAAAGGGGGAUAAAAGGCCACCAAAAGAGGACUGAAGUCAACAGACAGAGGCCAAAGGGGAGCUAAAGGCCACCAAAAGAACCAAAGGCCACUGGGGGGGAGGGGGAACUGAAAGCCACCAACAAGGGACUGAAAGCCACCAACAAGAGACUAAAAGCCACCAAAGAGGGGCUAAAGCCACCAAGAUAGUGCUGAUAUGGUGGGAAGGAGGGAGGAAAGGAAUUGGGGUACCAGCAGGGUGUGGGCAUCGUCACCUCUUCCAAGGUCACAGCAUCUAUCCCAGGGCCCCGAUGGUCUGUGACACAAUGAUAUUGCUGGGGCUGCAUUGGGGCAGGGAGGGUCCCAAUGGGAAGCAAUAUCCCAUUUCAUCCCCAGCAGGCUCAGUGCCUGCUGCAGGGCUUGGGGACAGCAUGGACAUCCGGAGGAGGGACAGGAAAGUGUGACCGGCAGCGUGCGAGAAGGGAAAGGCAGGAUCCACCCGGACAGCCCCAUAAAAACCUCCUGCAUCCGGGCCGAGGAGAUCACACAACGGGACUGCAGGCUUUGGGACACACUGGUAGCCACCACCGGGGCUGGGUGGCUUUGGCAGGUGGCUCUGCCCCAGGAAGGGGAGGAGGCUGCGGCACUCCCAGCCCGGUUGGCGGCCGCGAUGCUCCAGUCCCAGUUCAACCCGGCGGCCGUGCAGGCAGUGAGGGCAACCGGCUUGGCGAGGAGAUGGAGGAGGACAACAGGACGGAGCAGUGGCACCGCAGCCUCCAAGCAAUGCUGGAUGCCUUGAACCAAACCAUACACGGGGCCAUCCUCCGCCCCAGCACCCCUCACAAUGCCAGCACCCGUGCCAGCCGGGAUGACAAUUCCUACCUGUACAUCCUCUUCGUCAUGACGCUCUUCGCAGCCACCGUGGGCAGCCUCAUCCUGGGCUACACUCGAUCCCGAAAGGUGGACAAGCGCAGCGAUCCGUACCACGUCUACAUCAAGAAUAGGGUCUCCAUGAUCUGAGCCCGGUGCCUCCUGCGGGAAGAACCCCACGGUGCCCAGCCCUGGUGUGAGGCAGGAGCACCGGUGUCACCUGCAGGCAGGUCCCGGUGCCACGGAACCACCACAGCUGGGGACGUGGGGGUGGUGGAGAUGGUUACUUUCCCACUGUUCUCAUGACUUACUGAGGCUGGCACAGGAGGAAAAUUCCCUGCUCAGACCACCAGCAUCACAUCCGAAGCGCACUCUGCACUGCUUAGCGUGGGUUUUUCUGUGGCUAAAAGCUGUGAUUUCAGAGCCAGGCUGAACCCCGCGCUUCACUGGUGGGGAAUUAAAGGAGGUGGUGGUUCUUGA